GCGACUUCGUCGCAGACUAGCAAAUAUAUUUCAGUCAAAAUCUCACGAACAAGCUAACCCAGACGGCAAGGAUUUUCUGGUCUUUUUGGUAUCUUUCGAAGUCUUAAGAGUGUGGUAAGGUACCACUGCUAAUAUGCUACCAGGCCUCAUUGGUCGUUCCAUCCAUAUGCCAGUCGUUGUCGUUGUGGUGGACAGCAACCUGCCUGCUUGUAUGGAAUGAUUGACCCAUGGAAUUCUAGCAUCAAUCAGCCACACAGGACGCAUGUUGCAUUCUCCCUGCUCCUCCAGUCCUUGUGAUUAAUGAAAGCCUGGGCUCGUUCGGCUAGCUCAGAGUACCUCGCAUAAAUCAGCGCUAGAAAGAAGAACUAGGAGAAAGAAUUUCAUCAUCGAGGGGAAAAUUCAUCUCAGCUCAGUCAAGAGUUUUUCAUUUUGGUUGGAUGGACGGUGGAAGAGCAGAGCGGGGCAGUCAAGUAGGAAAAUAAGCUGGCAGUGAGAGGAACGAAUCGCUGUUGCCAUGGAUUAAUGGAAUUUACAUAAUAAGCAUUGCUCAAAUAUUGGCAACCAUGUGGAAUAUGCACUUCGUCUGGUGACAUAUCUUGAUUGGCCUGAAGACUACUGACUAUUAAACAGAAGAAGUCAUGGAGCAGCAGAACCAAUACUUCUACAAUCAUAACCAAAGGUCUUCUGCCUGCAUGCCACCGCAGCAGCAGCAGCAGCAGCAACAGCAGCAACAACAGCAGCAACAAGAUCCUUCCUACCCUGUCAACAACAUGGACCAGUCUAAGAUGGGUCCUAUGAUGCGGGCCCUGACCGAAGACUUUGAUAUGCCAAGCCAGAACUCUGCAAGCAAUUACCCACAGCAAGGAAUCCCCAGCAUCCCACCUGCUGGUGAUCAGCAGAGAGUACCGUCGUCCAACAGUUUUGGCCCAGCUUCACAGACAUUAUCUGGGUAUGCCAGCCAGUAUUCCACAGGGCCAGGUUCGCACAACUACUUUCCACAUGGGAAUUCUCCGUCUCCUUUGAACAGUGGGUUUGCGCCCCCAGGUACAAACUAUCCUUCUGGAGGAAUGUCCAGUCCGUACCAGAGACAGAUGCCUGCAUCGAGCCCUUUGGGAAGUCCCAACGGACAUGGGCACCCGUAUCCAAGAUCUGCCAGUGCUGGUCCAACCAUACCUUCUCCAAUCAUGAUGCAUGGGCCUGGAAUGUAUCCUCAUAACCAGACAUCUCCAGGGAAUCGCUCCACACCAUUUGGCUUCCCUACGUCACCUACGUCACCACAUAAUCACCUCAAUCACGCCUCUCCACCUUUAGCUUCUCCAAGCAGUAUGCGCCCUGGAGGAACCCUACAUAGUCCAAAGAGUCUGCCAGCUAGUUCUCCUGUACCGUUUGUCUCUCAGAUGUCACCCACAGCUUCCCGUGCUCAAAGCGUUCCUACUCUUCCUGCAAAUUCUCUCGAUCACUUGCCACCAAUGUCCCACGGCAGGUCCAAAUCCCCAGGAUCUGCUGGCAUUCACCGUCCAUAUCCGCAACCACCUGGCCAGCAGCAGUUAUACCCACUGCCUUCCCCUAAGGUUCGACCUGUUGACCAGACCGACAGUAGAGGACAAUAUGUAGAACUUAUACACACAAAGCCUGGGGAUCAGCGGCCAAACAGUGAAAGAUCCCGGAAUCACAGUGGACAUAGAAAGAUGUCUGACCCCGGGCACUUGCCUCGAUUAGAGGAAAUGGUAGCAGUGCUCAGUGAUUCAAAAGUCAAGGAGACUUUGGAUGAAAUCGUUUCAGACAAGAACCUUCCUGUCAUUGAAAAUGGUUCACCAGGAGAAUCCGUCAAAUCUGAUUCCUCAAAUCACACUGCAGAUAGCACGAAGACAAAAAGAACUCCUGUAAGCAAUGGAGCAUGUGACAAGAGUAAAGAUCAAGACAAAGGAGGACUUUCGAAUGGAUUAGCAGAUUCAGAGGACAAAAAUGCUGAUAUUGUUAAAUCAGAAAGUGACUUAUCAAGUGAAAAAGACAUUAAGGCCGUAACUCCUUUGAAAAAAGUGACCAAGGCGCAUUGUGGGAAGGUCAAUGCCAAGUCAAAUGGAAGAAAUGGUAUCAAAAAACAAGAAAGCAUAGACUCUACUAACAGUACAAGUGAUUUAGAUAAUUCCCCAUUCAAACCACCUUUGUCCAAGCAGUCUCAACCUCAAAACCCUGAUCAAACCAAAGAAUCAACAAUGUGUACAGAAGAAGUUGUUAAAGUGAAAGAGGAGGAGUCCACAAGAGAGUCAUUACCAGAAACUACUAAGUGCCAAAGUGAAGCUACAUUAUCAAAGCAUUCCCCUGUACAUGUAAGUGAGCCAAGUCAUGAUGUGGCUUCCACUUCCUCACAGAAAACUGAGGAUGAUAAACAUGCCCCAAAGACACCACCUUCAUGUGAUGAGGACCUCAUGACUACUCCUAAAAGUAAGAGGAAGAGUCCUGAUGACAGUGGAAGUAGUACUGGGAAUGAUUCUCUUCCCUUGAAGAAAAGGAGGGGAAGACCCCCGGGGAGUAGAAAUAGACAAGAAGGGGAGGAGGAGAAACCUAAGAGGAAAUACUCCAAGAAAAAGAAACUGGUGAUGGAUGAUGGAGAAAAAGCGGAUCAGAGUAAAGAUAAGAGUAAAGAUAAGCAAGUUAAAACUACAACUCCUGUGAAAGUUAAGGCAGAGGCCAGUGUGCCUGUGCAUGUAGCUCGAGGGCCUGUACUAAGAGUGCAAGGUGCUAACAUCGAGAGCGUUGUGUCGAGCAAGUUAAUCAACGUACCGGACGCUGAAGAGGAGGUUGUCAAAGGUGGGAAAAAGAAGCAGAAGGUGGUGAAACACGCCAAGAGACAAAACAAUCUUGUUGCUGGACAUGUUGGACAGGCUGCUGUUCUUUCUUCAGAGUGCCCAAGUCCUACAGGAUUAUGGGUAUGUACACUGUGUGGCAAUCCUCCAAACUUUGGAAUACUCGGUGACCUGUAUGGACCCUACUAUCCACCAGGAUGCGAUGUACCUUGCUCCUCGAAGAGAGACAGUAUGUCAAAGAAUGACCGACACAGAGGGAGCGACCAACGGGAGUCGCACUGCAGCAGCUCCAAAGGCGGCAGGCAAGUUGCAGGAACAUCAAGGAAAGGGGCAGUGCAGGAUAGCAGAAGCCAGAGAGGAAAGUCGUUGAUGGCAAAGCAGGCUGAUCUCUCAAAGACUCGUAAGUGGCGGCAGAUCAAAACGUACAUGGAGGACAUGUCCUUGAUGACGGGCAGGAAAUCAUCGAAGAGGAGGAAGAGUGAAAGUGAAAGCGAUUACGUGGAGCUAUGGGUCCAUGAAGAAUGCGCUGUCUGGUCCCAGGGGGUCAUAUUUCUUCAGGGGACUCUCUAUGGCAUCCAUGAAGCAGCCAAGGAAGCUGAAAACAAGAAAUGCAACCUGUGUCGAGACUCUGGGGCGUCCAUCGGUUGCAUGCAUAAAGGAUGCAAGCAAGUCUACCACUACCUGUGUGCUAUUGAGUCAGAGUGUCAACUACAUCAAGAUAACUACUCCAUGACUUGCCCCAAACAUAAGGACAAGAAAGUCAAGAUGAGAGGGGGAACUUGAUCCACACUCCCGGAAGCCAUUUGAAUUAUUGGACAGUACAACAAAGAUGCAUUUGUGUUUGAGUAUUUACCUACAGUCUUCAGUGUGUCUAUUUCUUUCUUAUAUCUUCUUAAAGUAUCAAGAUAUCUUGUACCUGUUGAAGUAAUGUUGUGAACAGCACACACCUACCUGUAGAAUGCACUGUUUGUUUGUAGGUAUGUGUAUUUUGAAUUAUCUUGGGCAUUCGAAUCUGAGUAGUGCUUAUCUGCUUUCAUAUUUUCAUUUUGCUGAACCUUUCAGUAGAUUUAAUUUUUUUUUAUUGAAGGCAAACAAACAUGUAUAAGGAUGGCUUUUCUCUCUCUAGAUGAAAAUUAAGCCAUACUAGUAAGUCAAAAUAUGACAAGCCACUUUUAAAGGAGGAUGCAUUUUUUUUGCAGUGUAGUGAGUAGAUAAAUAUGCAAAAGUAACGAUGGGGAAUAUCAUUUGAAUUUUGUUUGUCUGAUGUCAUUCAAACUUUCACCAGUCUACUUCUCUGACUACUAUAAUUAGUUUGCUGUCAAGGUUGGAUUCCCCUUUAAGCACAGCAUGUGAAUUUAUAAUGAUACCCCUUUCACUGAGAUUACUGUUCAAUGUUAGUCUUCAAGAUAAUACAAUAUUUGCAGUGAAAAUUAAUUCAAACUUUCAUUUUGACAACUUUUGUUUGCCAGGCAUGAGAUAUUAGCCUGCCAGGUAGAAGCUAGACUGAAACAUCGGUCUAUUUCGUUGGGUGGAUAUGUUCCGCUGAGACUGUGUCUGGCUUCACCAACUCCCUCUCUGAGAGCCUCAAAAGAUUUUAAGAGACGUCUCCAAGCAGACAUGGAUUCUCUCUAGGUAGAAGCACAUAAAUCCUUGAUCAUAGAUUAAUCAUAUGUACAGUAAUGUAAUCCUGACCUGCAGUCUGAAUUCUGUUAUUUUCUCUGAAAUCCAGAGGAUCGUAAAAAGCACUUAAAACCAACACUGCCAUUUCAGACCUUAUUUAAAUGCAUGUUAUGCCAGUGGUUUGCUGCCAUAUGCCAUGGCACACACUGUAAGUAGAAGAUCCCAGUGUUUAUUCCCUUGGCGAGUAAGAUAUGCAGCAUUUAAGACCUUUCAAGAUAAAAAAAGCAGACUAACUUGAAGACAUAUACUCAGUAUGUAAUGCAUAAUGUAUGAGAAAGAGCCAGACAGAAUGUGCGUCUAGGUGGCUACAUUGUAAAUGAGGUCUCCCAAGUGUCACUGUACAGCUGAGCUAGUCUUGUUUUCAGACAUCUGAAGCCAUGUCUACAGGUAUACCUAGCCUACCAUUCAGGCCGAGUAUGACUUUUCAUCCUGGUUGUGAUAUAGAAUUUAACUUGGUCUUAGUAUUAUUUCAGCUUGUUCUCCUCACUCAGAAGUGUAAACAAAUAAGUUUUCCAAUGAAGUAAUUUCCAUUUCGAGAGAAAAUGUCUUGCAAACUGAAACUUUGUCUGUGUAAUAAUCAGAGUUCGACAGAGUACAAACCUGAUAUUUUAAGCAACUGCUGUAUAAUUCUUUAAAUUUGUUCGUCUUUGUGGAUCAUGAACCUCGUGAUUAUAUACAUGUAUUACGAUUUUCUGAAGAGGCACGUGUAUGUAUUCACAUGAAUCAGAAAGGUUUGGAAAAGAGACUAGGAGCUUGGAGCAUGCCAUAUGUGUCAACAAGUGAGUCAUCAUUCUGUGCACAUGUAGACAAACUAUGAGCACCUACCUCAGGUAGAUCUGAAUAGUUAUUAAAGACCCUGUCGGAAGCGAAAAAUAAAGUAGAUGAAUUGUAUAUCGCAGGAAAGCUUAUACGCCAUAGAUUACAAUAAUAUCAGUUCUUUGCUAUUCUAGUGUCUGUCAAAGGAUAAACAGCUCUCUGAAAACUCGAAAUCUAAAGCUUU